AUGAAAGACAAUGUGCCUUCUAAUGAUGUGCCCAUGCUGGGUAAGGGCAUUUACAACUCCCAGUCGCAGCUUCAGCGUGAGGCGAUGUUGAAAGUCCUACCAAUGCUCGAGAAAUCUGCCCAGCAACUUAGCCACCAGUCAUAUCCCACAGACAGACCGCUGAGUAUCGUCGACUACGGCGCAGCGCAAGGAAGUAAUUCCAUCGAACUCAUGCAAAUGAUCAUUCAGAACCUACCAAACGAAAAGCUCCAGCUUCUCUCCAACGACCGUCCAAACAAUGACUUCAACACCCUCUCCACGACAACAGCAGAAUGGACCAACUCUCUCAUCAAUCCUGCUUACAUAGGAUUGAUCCCACGAAGCUUCUACAACCAACUUCUUCCCGCCAACUCCGUCGAUCUAGCCUUUUGCCUCACAUGUCUCCAACACCUCAACGACAUCCCGGCAACGCAUGAUGAGAACCUUCAGCGGUUCCCGGACGCGGAAGCAAGACAUCAAAAUCAAGCACACGACGAUCUCCUUCUCUUCCUAGAGCAUCGAGCUAUACAAAUGAAGCCUCAAGGCUCGCUCAUUCUCUGCUUUUCAAGUACGUCGGCCUCAGGUCAUCGGAACCUUAGCGGUAUCAUCGCAUCAUGCUAUGACGCAGUCAGAGAGAUGGCCACAGACGGCCGACUCUCCAGGGAAGUUGUCGCAGCAUUCCAAGAUCCAUUGUACGAGCGUACCAUGGACGAUGUGCUUGGUUCACUUGGUGAAGUCAGCGAGUCAUGGUGCACACGGGAGAUCUUUGAAGAUUGGGUGUUCCAUCCGGCGAUUGGAAAAAUGGAAACGACGGAGGCGCAUGGAGUUGAAGAGCUGGAAGCUAGUCAGAAGUAUGCGGAUACGGUUGUUGAUUGGUUUAUGGCUGUUCUUGGAGGGUUCUUUCGCAAAGCGCUGAGAGUUUGGUGA